GCAAAAUUUCUGGUAUUGUAACAAGGGGAGCAGGACGAACGUCGCGGGGUUUCACGAAGAUAUUUUAGGCGUAAAAAAACAGGAACUCUUCGGCGUUUUCAGUCACCGAAAUGUCUAUUCUACUUUGUGUUUAUGUUUUGUCAUCUUUGACAGCAUCCUUGUAGAGGAAAACCUUGCGAAUCGGACAAUUUGGGGUUCUGCUGCAAGGCUCGCGAGAGGGGUUACUUUACAGUUCCGCAAACAGAAUAAAGAAAGCAGCUUUGUGUAAAGGAAGCGAUUGGCAUAAUACUAGGGAACAAGUCACCAAACCAUCAUGGCAUGGCCCUGUAUCACCAGAGCCUGCUGUAUGGCUCGGUUCUGGGAACAGCUGGACAAGGCCGACAUUGCGAUGCCUCUGGUGUUCACCAAGUACUCGGACGUGUCCGAGAUGCAGCAUCUUCACCUGCAGCAGCCCGCGCAGAAGCAGCCGCAUAUGGUCGCCAUAGAAACGCAGCCGCUUCACAGCGAUCACGAUAUGGUUACCAAAGGGUCACCAGACCAAGAGGAGAAAAUCUCCAGAUCCGUGAUGCGCCAGGACUUUAAACACUGGAAAGUUCGUCCUGAGCCCAGCUGCAAGCCCAAGAACGAGUACCACGAACCAGAGGUUCCUUUUAACAACGAGACCCAAUAUCAGAAGGACUUCAAGCCCUGGCCUGUCUCAAAGAAGGGAGAUCAUCCUUGGAUUCCCAAACCCUCUCCGACCAUCUCAGAGGGCAAGGACCGAAUCCCUGACAGAUCAAAAUACACCCACGCCAACACAGAGUUGAACGGUGGGGUGGAAAAGAGCGAGGUUGCUGACAAGGUACAAGAGAAGGAGAUUCUGUCUAGUGAAAGGAAAAAGAGGCAAAGCAAGAAAGUGGUUUCUGACGUGAAGUUUGAGGGGCAAAGCGCAGAGGAUGCCAGGACUACAGAAGGGAAAGGGAGGGCGGCAGUGGAUGCUCUCAACCUGCAGAUCAAACAGGAAGUCACCUCUGGCAGCUCCUACAGGACUGAGUUCAAAGCCUACACAGACGUGAAACCUGUUAAACUCAUGAGGUCGAAGUCUCAGUAUCAGCCUCCUGAUGCGAGGACUGAUCUGCAAACCAGCUACAGUGCCACCUACAAGGGUUGCCAGGCUAAACUGCAGCCAGAUGACAACAAGGCGCUGGAGAGGAGGAGGAUUCGCACACUGUACCAUGAACCUUACAGAGAGCUUAGUAAGGUGGAGAGAACAAGUCUUCCUCACCCCAAACCAAAAAAGACCCCAGGCAAACCGCUGAAGAAGUCCAAGGAGAAGCAGGUGAUGUCGUUACGUGGUUCGAAGAAGAAGAGCUCCGAGAACCAGCCAGAGAGCAGAGUGGCGCCAGGCGACAAGGAGAAAAGUAAAGAGAUCAACAACAAACUGGCUGAGGCGAAAGAGGUUAUGCUAAAACAGUACCACUACAUUCAGCUCUGUCAGCCCAUCCGAGAUAUUGGUUGGGUGCAGACACUAAAGCAACACCUGUGGCGCUGUACACUCCCAGACCCAAGUGAUUCUGAGUCUGGGCUCGGACGAGUCAGUGAUUAUUAUUCCGCGGGUACCUCUGGAGGAGAACCACUGGUGGAACGACCAGAACCACGGAGCCGGGGAGUAGUCCGGUUUGCUCCGGAUGUCAAGUACUGACACAAAGCACAAGACCAAUCAACUCUGCUUUUCACAGAGACAAGAUGGGAGGCAGCUAUAGACAAUGAAGUAAUUACAAAUAUUUUUUGCAGAGAACGAGAGAGCACGCUGUGGAAUUAAAGUACUGUAUGUAUUUAUUGUAUGUUAUAUAUUAAGACUAAAUUAUGAGCUUCCAAAUUUGGAAAAAACGAAGAUACCUGCACUCCCAGACUGUUUGCAACAAUUGAAAUGGUGCUAUCACUUAAUUUCUCUAAUAUACUCUUUCUCAAAACAAACAAUGGUGCCAUGAUGAUCAUUUAGAUUAGCAAAUAUCAUAUGUCAUUACAUGCUUCCUUACAGUAUAACAUACUGUUUAAAAGU